AUGGCACACUUCCGCGGUGGUGACAGGCCUUUUUCCUCAAUACACAAAAUUGUCAAGAUGCUUCUCUCACCACACUCGUCCAACAAGCCAGCAAGCCAAGAUACAACAGAUAUGGCUGAGGACGUCGACGAACCUCCCGAUCAUCGCUUCCUGCCUUCCUCGCCAAUGCACGCCCACGAUGACGAUACCCUCGUCUACGUCAAGUCACCUCCCGUCCCAGAGUCGCUCCUCACCCGUGCUUUGAAGAACAGCCCGGAACUCUCGCCCACAGAACCUCAACCUUCCUACGGUCACCGCGUCUCCUUCCGUUCCUACCCGCAGAGCAAUGUCAGUGGCGUUUCGACAGCCGAAUUGACCAGUGAUGGCGGCAUGACGACCAGCCCAUCGCUUUCCAACACUCCCAGCCCUCCCGCUCCUUCGCACUUGACCGGCAGACGAUCUUCAACGACAACGAAUAAAAACGCUGCUGCUGAUCCCAGUGAAUGUACCGUUGAGGCUAAUCUCGGGCGCAAGAGGUGCAUUAGCUUUGCAUGUGGUCGCAAGACCGAGGGGCAGCAGAAGCCUCAACAGCCACAAUCCCCUACACCGCCAAAGCCGAUCACAGAGAAUAAGGAAUCUGAGCCUAUACCCACCGAGCCAAUGAAGCGGAAGACGACCCUUACCUUUGCGUGUCCCUCGAAAAGUCCCGAGCCCGCACGUGAACGCUCGCCAGUUCGCAAGACAGCGUUCCGGUCGAGGCCCCGAUGCUCGCCUGCCCCUACCGCCCGUAGGGCCUCUCAGCCAGAGAAGGAGCCACCAGCACCGAUUACCAUUCCCCAGGCAGAAUCCCCUCAGGAGUCGACGCCGACCGACCGGAGAGGAGUUCCCACCCGGGGUCUGGGCAAGUUUGAAGAGUCAGAGGCGACCCGUUUCCACGAGUUUGCUAGCUCUGUCGAGGAAGAUGACGAAUGGGUUGCCAAGGCUGGUGAAUAUACCAAUAAGAUCACCUUGAGCGAUUGUAUGAAAAAGGAGAUCGCGAUUAGGAAACUGGGUGAAGAGGCGGAGCAAGAGGCCCUGGAAGACGAAGAUUUUGACGACGAGGAGGACGAUGACGACGAUUCUGCAGACGAAGACGAAGAUGAUGCGGAUACGGAUGAUGGAAACGAGACUGACAACGAGGCUGGUUUUGCGGAUUCAGACGACAGUGACGCUGGCUCGGACUAUGAGUUCUGGGCCACGACCACUACUACAGCUGCGACCAGCCCACAAACCAUCGACAUCCCUCGUCAACCUUUGGAUCGUAGAGUGUCGAACGCCUCGUACGACUCGCCAUUUGAUAACGAAAAACGAAACUGGCCGCCGGCUCUGACAGGGAAGCCUGGUCGACGAUCUUCCAAGACACCUAGGAUGCGACCUGGCACCCCGAACCUCCCCGAUAGCACAGACUUUGUGUGUGGUACAUUGGACGAGGAUCGUCCCUUGGAGGCUGCAUACAAGUCCUGCAUGGAGCAGCGUCGUCUGUCCAAGCAAGUCGUCAUCCCCCAGGAUAUUGACCCGAGCUUCCCCACCUCUGAUCCUGAAGAUGAAGAUGAGGAUGAGGAAGAUGAGGUGGAAGAAUCGGUAGUGGACGAAGCCCCUCGGGGCCGUUCCAGCGCCACGCAGAGCCAGAAAACGUCACCUCGUCUCUCUCCCUCCAAGCGUAUGGUUUCACCACCUCCGAAGCGUAUGGUAUCGCCGCCCCCUCGUCAGGGUCGCUCCUCGCCUAAACGUCUUCGCUCCCCGCCUCCUCCAACCAUGAAACAAUUAAAGCUGCCGUCCCCCAUUGACCGGAGACCCUCAGAAGAGGCCCCGAUUAUGCACCCGCAGGGCGUCAACAUCAGCGAAUUGGUUCAACGGCCAUCCGUGACGCGGACCAAGUCGCUUCCUCGAACACCGAACCCUUUCUUCGCCAGCUUAGAGGAAUGGCGUCCCCGGUGGACGGGCAUUGAUGAUUCUUCGGAUGAAUCGUCUCGCACGCGUGAAGUGCACACUCGUGGGCCCAUCGAUAUUGUCGAGGGUCUCGAGAAGAAGCGUCAGAAACGAAAGGAAAAGUUCUGGCGUCAACACUGCCGCAGAGCUGCCAAAGAGCAAAUGGUGCGGCGACCGAUUCCCGGAAAAGGCGCUGAACGGAUGAAGGAGCUUGGCCUCGAAGUUGCUGAGAGGUGCAGAGCUUAUGGCGUUGGAGAAGACGCCCAGCUCGUCCUAUCUGUUUAA